AUGACCUCCCCACUGUGGUUCUGCUGCUUCUGCGUCUGGGCCGCCGCCAACUGGCCGCCAGGAAGCGCCCUACAGCACCAGCCCGGCAUGCCAAAUGUUUGCAAAGAGGAGCAGCUGAUGGCAGUAGGCCUGUCACUCCCGUGCACUCGAGCUUUCGUAGACACCGUCAAGUUCUGGAAACAAGGCUGCUCAGGCCCACAGUGGUGUGUGGGUUAUGAAAGAAGGACUCGCUACUACACCACCUACAGACAUGUAUACGCCACAGAGCACCAGACGGUCUUCCGGUGCUGCCCUGGCUGGAGCCGGUGGGAUGAUGAGCCAGGCUGCUUUUUCUCUGUCUCUUCUUUGGGAACUCAUUUCAGUGGAAGGGAGUGCUCAGAGGGGGACACUCAGCUGUGCCUUUGUUUGCCAGGAUUUCAGGGACCCCACUGUCAAUAUGAUAUAAACGAAUGUGCUGUUGACAAUGGUGGCUGUCAAGUCCGAUGCUGUAAUACGAUUGGCAGUUAUUACUGCAGAUGUCAAGCUGGCCAAAAGCUGGAGGAAGAUGGCAGAGGAUGUGAAGACAUCGACGAAUGUGCGGUGGUGAAUGGAGGCUGCCAGCAGCGCUGCAUUAACACUCAGGGCACUUUCCGCUGUGAGUGUGAUACAGGAUACAGACGCCAUGCUGACGAACGCACCUGCAUAAAGACAGACCCCUGUGCCGGUGGGAAUGGAUGUGAGCACCUAUGUCAGAGUGAGAAUGGCAUGGCCAGGUGUGCCUGCCACGCUGGGUAUCAGCUGUCUGAAGACAAAAAGACCUGCGAAGACGUAGAUGAGUGUGCCGCAGAGCCUGCUCCCUGUGCUCAUCGCUGUGUCAACUCAAAGGGGUCCUUUACCUGUACCUGCCACGCUGGCUUUGAGCCAGGAGCUAACAGAAAGCAUUGUUACAGAAUUGAAUUAGAAAUUGUCAAUGUCUGUGAAAAGGACAAUGGUGGUUGUUCUCAUCACUGUGAGCCUGCGUUUGAUGGCCCGCAUUGUUCCUGUGACCAUGGACACCAGCUUGAUACGGAUGAGAAAACAUGCAUAGACUUUGAUGAAUGUGCGAGUGGAGAAGCCUGCUGUGCCCAGCUCUGCAUCAACUAUUUAGGAGGCUACGAAUGCAGCUGUCAGGAAGGCUUUCAGAUCAGUUCCGAUGGUUGUGGAUGUGAUGCAGUAGAUUAUGAGCAGUUCGAGGAGGAAGAAGAGGAACCAGAUAUUGUGAGGUUUCCAGGCCUUCUGGUUCAGAGCCCACCUCAACCAUUCCCUUAUCUUACUCCUUCUCUGGCUGCUUCAUACGAAGAUGAAGAAAAUGAUGAUGAUGAAGAGCAGGAAGCGGAAGGAGAGUUCCAAGGCCUGACAGCCUUGCACAGAGUCGUCUGUUUAGAUGGCACCUUUGGUCUGGACUGCAGCUUGAGCUGUGAGGAUUGCAUGAAUGGAGGUAGAUGUGAAGAAGGACAGAGUGGCUGCUCCUGUCCAGCAGGCUGGACUGGCAUUCUUUGCAAUGAAAGCAGCACCCUAGGAACUGGUACAGAAUGGCAAGCUCCUGUGGGAUGCCUGAAAGGGUUCUUUGGGAAGAACUGUAAAAGAAAAUGCCAGUGUGCCAGCAGUGGCCAUUGCCACAGGGUAUAUGGUACCUGUAUAUGUGACCCGGGGCGCUAUGGAAGAUUUUGUCAUCUCAAGUACACAUGUCCUAGGGGGGCCUAUGGAGCUGGCUGCUCUUUGGAAUGUCAGUGUGUGGAAGAGAACACCCUGGAAUGCAAUGCCAAAAAUGGUAGUUGCACCUGCAAAUCUGGUUACCAAGGCAACAGAUGCCAGGAAGAAGCCUGCCCUGAUGGCCUCUGGGGACCAGAAUGUCAGUUCUCCUGUGGACUCUGUAAAAAUGGAGGUCAUUGCAACAGAAAGUCUGGAAACUGCGACUGUGCUCCUGGUUACACAGGAAAAUCCUGUACCCUGCGGAAAAGGUGA